CAAAAAACUUUGACAUGAAUCAAUUAAACUGACAUAAAAUUACCAAAAUAAUUUUAAGAUCUUUUGUGCCUUUGGAAAUUAGUUGUUUUUUUUUAAAAUUCUCCUUGGUUUCAAAGAGAAGCGUCAAAAUGGCGGAUAACCAAAGCGGUCACAAAAUCCAAGAAAACGAUGCUCGCAGUGGUUCAUUUGAUAGUCCAUUUGAAGAAAAAGGUGAGUAUCAUUGCAUAUUUUAUGUAAAAUCUGGAUGUUAUGAUUGCGUAACUGGUUUGAUCAUGCAAAGUUAUAUCAAGUUAAUUGAAUGUUGCGGAUGAUUUAUUUUUUUAUACUACAGUCUACAGGCGGUAGUAUAAGUAUACGAAGUGGCGGAUUCGGAACCUGCUACCAGUAGUGAGAGGUUGGGAUUGAAAAAUGUUUAAAAUAUUAUUGUUGGUUUUGUAAGAUAAAAUUUGGUAUCGUCGCUAUUCGGUUCGGACCCGGGUCCCUUUAGACUAUAAAAUGAGUAAAACUUAAACUUAAAACAGUUACAGAGUAGGGUUAAACCUGAAAAAAUGAAUGCAACAAAACAACGAACAUGUCGGUAGAAAGCCUUCAUCAGCGAACAAAACAACAGAAAAAAACGGUAUAAAAAUAAAAAUAAGAAAUAGCACUUAGCACGGAUACUACUACUUCUAAGCUAAGUCUUAGCUUAGAAGUAGUAGUAUCCGUAGCCAGCAACAAAAAUUUCAUUUUAUAUUGUGAUAAUCUGAUUGCAGUCUCUCCCCUUAUUUCCCUUUAGACUAAAUGCUAUCGGAUGUCACUUGUGGUAGUUUAUUUUAGUGAUACUGAAGAAUUAAGUUUAUAAACAUAUAGUCCAUUCAAUUAUUCUUUCAUUUGAUACCAAAUUCCGACGUACAAACCAUACAAUAAUUUUAAAAAUAUUUUUUUAAUAAACCCAACCUCUCACUUCUAAUACCGGGUCCAAAUAGCCGCAGCCAUAAGUAUAUUAUUAUUAUAAUUUUUUUAUAAUAUAAUAAUAAUAUAAUUUUAAAAAUUUAAUAUAAGUAUAAUUCCGUUUUAAUUAUUAAUUUAAUUGUCUUAUUCAUCUUUUGAUAAUUAAUUAAUGACUACUCAUUCUACCUGUUUGGUUCGUCUUCUUAACUUUCAGUGUUAAUCUGUAAACUGUAAAAUAAAAUAGGGUGGAGAAACCUUAACUCUGCCACUGCCUCGCUUUUUUCUUACCAUAUUGCUUUGAACUUGUUCUGAAUAAUAAAGGUUUUAUAGAAUUUAGCCAAGGUUUUUUUUUUAAAGAGUACCCACGUCAAAUAAUAGUAAAUAAUAAUUCAUGAAAAAAUAAAAAACUAUGUGCCACAUCUUAUUUUAAUCCAUUUAUUACCUAAUUGACCUGAGUUAAGGUAGGCAUUAGAAUAAGAUGGGCUUUUUAAUUAUUUAUAUCAACACGAUGCCUAGUGACAUCAACCUAUUUUAACCUUUUUAUAGACAUGUCGCAAAACAGUGUCCAUAGCAACAUAGCAACAAGAAAAGUUCAUUCAUGCUUAUUCUCCCCUUCACUGUGCAAGCAAUCUAGCAUGUUUACUUCAUUUAUAACUAUAUAGAUCAUAAAUUUGAAAUGAAAAUAGCUUGUUUAAACUCCAGUUUACAUUAAAUUUUGAUUUUAUUUACACUGAACAAUGGCAGUUUUGUUAAAAAUGGUCUCAGACGUUGACUUUAAUAGCAAUUUAUUUGUAAAUAAACAUAAUUAUGUAUGCUAGAUGUAGUAAUGCCAAUUCCAUUUUUUAAAUUAUGGAAGUGAAAUCAAUAGUCAAAUUUCACAAAAUUAUUGUGUUAGAGGAGGGAAAAAAGUGUGGGGGAGAGUCAUGUGGAUAGAUGUGUUUUUCAACUCUAUGCACUGUGUGGAUAUGUUAUAUUACAAAUUUUAAAGAAUCAUGCUCUAUUAUGUCCCCUUCAUUCCUCUCACUCAAUCAUCAUCAGUAACCGAACAUAUAAACUUUAUGAUUUGUUUAUUAAAUUAUGAUGUCACAAUAUUUUGGCUGCAUUUUUACCCCCAUCCCAAAACGCAACCCCUUUCCAUCACAUUUUAUGUCAUAAAGCUAUGUCCCCAUCUCACCCCUUCCCUAAUUUGACAGUGCAGUUUUCAGCAUAUAAAUUUAAUUGUUCUUCUCAUAAAUAUUUAAAAUCAAUAGGCCCUGUGUGGUAUUAGUAGUAAUGUAAAUAAAUUCAUUCUGUCCACCACUUUGUGUAGGUUGUAACCUUUUUGUGUACAAACUCUAAAAGAUUCCUUUCCCACAGAUAUCAAAUUGCUGCAUCUUUUUCAUAAACUUUGCUCUAGAAUAUUUACCUGGUUACUGUACCAUAACUAUUAUUAGUUCUUUCCCACUUCAUGUAAUCCUAAUUCCCAGAACCGAUUUCUACUUUUAAAGAAAUGUAAUCUGUCAUAACUGUCAAUGUCACUGCACCUUUGACGCUCAUCUUUCAUGUCAUCCUGUUACUUUAUCAUUCCAGACCAGUGGUCAGAGCAUCUUGAAUACCUGUCUUCCAUUUCUCUUAAUCACUGAUUUGCUCAGCAAUAAUAAAUAGUUUAUAAAUUAAAAAAUUGAAUAAAAAGCAAUUGAGCAAUGAAAAUUUAAAAAUCAAAUAUGGUAUAAAUAAUGGUCCAAAUGUCGGUAAAUUAGAAUUAGUGAAAGUUUAUCCAAUUACACAGUAAUUUUUUAGCCAAGUGCUAGAGCUGAAGGCCUAAAAGCUAGUAGAGCGGGGUUAUAUAAAUUUCACUGAAGAAGUGGAAUUCAGUAUUGAUAGUCAUGGAGAGGCUGCUAGUUAAGUUUUUAAAAAAAAAAAUCAUAACAGAACAAACACGUUAAAAAAUGUUAAAAUACUAUAUUUUUUAAGGAAUGAACAGAUUAAUUGAAUUUACAUUGAUUUAAAUGGGAAAAAUUAUUUCGGUUAGCUAUCAUUUUGAUUUAAGAAAGGAGUCUCGGAAUAGAUUAAGCUCAUUAUCCAAGGUUCCACUGAAUAGAUUUUUUAAAAAAAGCUAUUUUUUUUUCAGUUGAAAAACCAGUUCGUUUGAACCUUCAACAUAUUGUUAAAAGACACUUGCCUACUGAGGCAAGUGAUUGGUCACAUGAUGAGAUGUAAGUUUCUGUAAAAUAUAUCUUAUUAUUUAACUUAGUUUAAGUUUUAAAAAACUCUAAUAGAAUAAUGACAACAUAUUGAUACUAAAAUAAUAAAGUCCCUUGACACUAUAAAAGUUCUGUGCUAUUUUGGUACUAUGCAGUUUUCACUUUUUUUAACCUAAUAAGUUGGAUGUUGAGUGUGUCAGUUAAACUUCAAACUCAGUUACAAAUAAUGUUUAAUUAAAAUUAUAAAUACAAAAAUGAUGCAUUAAAUAUAACCAAUAAUUCAAAAAUAAAUUUAAAAAUGCAUUGUAUCAUGAAACAUUUAAGUUAUGAUGUAUAAUUUUUAGAAGUUUCCAGAAUAGUUUUAACUAAUCUAUUUUUGCUUUCAAAUUCAAAGAAUUACUUUAAGGCUAAUGGUUUUUGAUAAGCCUUAAAAUUAAUGUUUUAAAAACAAAAAUGUUGCAUAGGUACACUGAAUAUUCAAUUUUUCACAGAAAGCCAAUGCUACUUGAUUGAAUAAUAAAAAGUGUCAUUCAGAGUCUUUUAGGAUUUUAGACAUUACUUAUUGCAAAAGUUAAAAUAUUUUUUUACGGUACUAAGUACUUAUAUGUAGCAAUUAUUCUUUCUUGACAAAUUUGUUUAGCCUCAAAGCUCUAAAUAAGAUAAGACGAGUUCGUCUUGAUCGUGAAAACAUAAGUGACAUUGACAAUCUUGAGUUGCUCAGUACAGAAGUAACUCAUCUUUACCUGCAUUGCAACAAAAUAACAAAAAUAGAGAAUUUGGAAUGUCUACCUCAUUUACAGGUAUUUUUUAAAGUUUGUACCAUAUGAGCAGUUGGAUGUAGUUAACAUAACCUUCACAAACAGGACUUUUAACAACUUUCCCUCUUUGGUAACAAGUUACAACUUAACACAAAAGUGGUGAUAGCCAAAAAAUAAGCUACUACUAAACACAAACUGGUGAUAGCCAAGUAAUAAAAGACAACUAAACACAAAUGUGAUAGCCUUAAAAUUUAGUUCAAAAUUUAUCAUUAUUAGACAUUAGACUCUACUGUUAUGAAACUGAAUCAUAAUGAGUAGUAAUGAUACUCUCUGCUUAUAAGUAUUCAAGUUUUUUUGUACAUUAUGUAAGUUUAAUUACUAACUUACUGUCUAAAACAUCUUUUUACACAUCUUUCAGAUUUUAAUAUUGUCAGACAAUCAAAUCAGUGAUAUAGAUGGAAUAGCAUAUUUAACCAAGCUAGUGUUUUUUGAUAUUUCAAAGAACAGGAUAGAGGAAACACAUGCAGGUAACAUUUAAGCUUUUCUUUGUUUAAUCAACAAAAAGUAUAAAAGAUUAUUGUAACAAUUUAUGUAAUAAUUUUUUUCUGUACAGUCAUCCAUAUCUUAUGUAUGCAUAAAAGUCAAAUGUUCAUUCCCCUUCCUCCUCUGUUGCAGUUCACCCAUACAUUAUUGGACGCCUACUCCUCAUUUAUGUUAAAAUAAAAAUCCCCCCCCCCCCUUUUUUUUUUAAUCCAUAUCUUAUGUAUGCAUAAAAGUCAAAUGUUCAUUCCCCUUCCUCCUCUGUUGCAGUUCACCCAUACAUUAUUGGACGCCUACUCCUCAUUUAUGUUAAAAUAAAAAUCCCCCCCCCCUUUUUUUUUUCCAAGGGUCCCUGCCUGUUUGAAUUUAUUUGAAUAAAAUUAUGAUUUACACAGUAAUUAAAUAAAGUAACCCUAAGCUGUGUUAAAACUUAUGUCACAGGUUUUCUCCACUCUUUGUUUGAUGUAGAAAAUAAAACAUUUUGUUCAGUCCAACAAAAUAAUUAAGUCUCAAAUUAUGUCAUGCACAAUGGAAUUAAAGUUGUAGUGAGGUUAUUUAUUGCUGUUAGAAUUUGAGAAUAAUUAUUAUUGCAGAAUAUUUCAAUGAUUAUAUUAACUUGUGUCACAUGUACCUGUAUGCAAAAUCUUCAGAAAUCCCCAUCCAGGGGUGCCACUCACUGAAAGCUGUGAACCCUGAAAUCCCUUUCUAAAAAUUUCUUGAAACCUGAAACUUCAUUUACAAAUUUUUCAAUCCCUGAAACUUAAUGAAACUCAAAAUUCCUGAUUAUCGCAAUGCGGCAUUUUGUUGAUUAAUAUAAAAACAAGCAUGAAAUUAUCAAAUAAAACAUUGAGAUACAUCACAAAUGAACAAAAUUAAGCAAUUAAGGUGUAUACAUGUAAACAUUUAUUAGUAUUUAUUAAAUUUACAGCAAUAGCAAUUUUUCAAUUUACUUAGACUUGAAAAGUCAACUUUUGCAAUGAGUUAUCUGGGCAUUUUAGAACAAAAGUAUAGCUACCACAAGUGGAAAGUAUCUUUUCAUAUAUGGAGUUAAUGUUGUCUUCUUUAUGAUGAAAAUGGAUAGUUUGAAUCAACACACUUUAGUGUCUAUACUAUCUCCCAAGUGUGAGAGUUUCAUAGUUUGACACAUAAAUUUCAUAAAUUGAGAAGUUACAAAAGUGGACACCUAAGAUGGGUGAUAAAGCUGGUAUCAUCAGAUGAUUGACUCAGACAUUUUCCCCUUGAAUACUUGAUAUCAAUAUUUCCAGCAUAGUAUUCAUUGAUGACUUAUUCAAUCAUGAUUGCCUAUUGCUGUACUGGUACUGUAAUGCCUAUCAGUUCUUUAAAGUUAAAGGAACUGUUAACUGUUGGGCAUUACAUAUUUUUAUUGAGCUUAGAUCCUGAAUAUUGAAACAAAAUAAAAUAUAUUAUCAUAUUAGAUUUAUAGUUUAUAGUAAGGCAUACAUUUAAUAUCGACUAUAUUAUACCAGUAUUUAACUACGGCACUACUGCUAGUAGCAGUGCUACGGUAAUACAGAGCAUUAUGAAUACUAGUAAUUUUACUAGUAAUAGUAGUAGUAGUAGUAGAAUUACAAAUUACUGUAAAGUAUACCCAGAGUCAGAACACGGGAGUGCAUAACUAAUAAAUAAAAACUAACUAAAUAGUUAUGUCAGGCUCACUACAGAACGGAUAAAAAUAACAUAAUCAUAUUCGCCUAUUUAAAAUUAGAAGGCUUACUCCGUAAUUAAAUGUCAAGUGAACUUAAGAAGUAUUUAAACAAAAGUUAAACGCCGCCUAGCUCUUCUAAUAAAAAAAAUACAAGUCGCCUGUAUACAGUAAAGCUACAUAACAAAGUACGCUAAGCUUAGUCUUGUUAGACAACGCUCGGACGAUUAAUUUUCUUUUUAUGAUAAUGGUUACCCAACAAUUAAAAACUAGGUAGCCAAAAACUAAAUUAAAAAGAUAUUUACUAAAUUUUACACUUUGCUUACCCAAACACUUCAAAUAUCUCUUGAUCGGCGACGUGAACAGAAAAUAAAUAUUUCUGGUCUAUCGAAGUAGUACGGUACUCGAAACGCGUAGUGUAAAGCGCAUGCGCAAGGGGAAACCACUAGCUCUCUGGCAACAGAAAGGCUAAAAAUAGACGAGAUCGGCGAUUAACGUCCAGUUUCAAGGAAUUUUCCUGGUUUUUCGCGAAUUCUGUUGCAUGUUGUUUCUUAAAAAAAAGAACCCAGACAGAAUCCGUAUUUGAAUAAAUUGAACUGGCGAACCCGGAAAGAGAGAAUAUAAAAACUCGCGAAUCCGGAACUGAAAAAUAUUUAGCCUCACGAAUCCGGAAUUCCGGGAUGACCCGGAAAAGUGGCACCCCUGUCCCCAUCCCUCUUACUCUUAAUGUGUAUGUAAUAUAUAUGGAAAUAAUGUGAUUUUAUAUUAUCUUACAGAAAAAAUGCCCAAGUCACUUGUAAUAGUGAGCUUCUCUGGAAAUCCAUGUACUGAGUGUCCCUCACACAGGUUAAUUAUUAAUAAUAUAAAUUCAACUUUAAGAAUUGCCACAAGAUUUAAUAUAAUUUGGAACUCACUUGUCUAGGGGCAGUGCUUCCCACAUUUUUAACCAAAGAUUGGGCCAUAUUUAUUAUUAUUAUUUUAAUCAUGAUCACUGAGUCAAAAUGGACCCAGACAUGCAGCGCCGCCAUUCGCACACGGGUACCAUUAGACUCAAGCUAUUCUGAUGUCAUUUGUGGUAGUUUAUUUUAAUUAAACUGAAUAAUUACGUUUACAAACAUAGUGUCCAUUCAAUUAUCUUUCAUUUGAUACCUCAUUUUGUCUUACAAACCCAACAAUAAAAUUUUAAAUAGUUUUUUAAUCCCAACCUCUCACUUCUGAUACCGGGGUUCGAAUAGUCACAGCCUAAAAUGAAAUAAUAAUGAUAAUAUAUUACAAAGAUAAGCUAGUCUCACACUUACAGAGAAAUUGAAAUUUCAUGGCAGAAAAUAACACUAUGUAACAUUUAAUUCACAUAAAUGAUAUUGUGUUGUACUGAAUUAGGCAUUAGAUGAAACGUCUAAAUAAGUAAAAAUUGUUUUAUGAUAAUUAAAGCUGAAAUAAACUUUUUUUAUAUGCACAAAAUUGUUUGUGUCUCAUUAAGCUACUUAAAAGCUUGAUUGCAGUUCAAACUUCUUAUUCUUAGUUAACAAGGGAAAUAGUAUAUGAAGUAAUUCAAGAAUAAAUGAAUGAGAGAACAAAUGAAUAAUCACUUAUUUAAAAUAACUAUUAACAUAAGUAAAUAGAUGAGUACAUUUUCUAAUUUCUACACAUGAUCAUUUGAGCACACAGACAGUGACAGGCCCUCUCUCUCUACUACUACCGUCCCCACUUUGCACUAGUUUAUAAAGGCAUGGGUCAGACCAAUUAUCACAUUUUAACAGGGUAAAAAAUUACUGAAUAUAGCUACAAACACAUCCUUAUUGAACUAAAUGGUCUGACCCAUGCUGACUAACUAACACACAUAUUCUGGUGAGGGUCUGAGAUUACUCUCUUAUGACCCCGGCUAGUAAAUUGGCUAUCAACUCCAUCUGUUGAGCUGAGCCAUACAACAUUUACCUCACAAAGGGUCUUCCAACAGCACUGGCUUCCCCCGGGAGAUCUAGUGAGGGACAUUCGGUCAACAGGUGCUCUAGAGUCUCCGGGGCCAGGCUGCAGUGCCUGGCAGGUAGAAUCCCUGUUGUUAUCCAGCCGCCAGAAAUAUGUGCGCAAGGGACAGUGCUCGGUGCGCAUCUGCGUCACUAAGCUCUGCUAUUUGUUGCGGCCUAACCCCCACCAUGGGUCUUGUUUGCUAGGAGUGGGCAAGUUUGAAUAGACCCCUCUGGCGGUCGUGUUGUCUGCCCAUUGCCUGUACCACUUUUUCCUGAAGUGGUCCGCCAGCCAGUUUUUAAUUCCCAAAUAAGUCCUUGGUACUUCUGGCUGAGGCUGGGCAGCCCCAGUUUUCGCCAGAGUGUCCGCUCUCUCAUUGCCACUGAUGUUGAUGUGGCCAGGUAUCCACUGUAUUGUUACCUUGCCCCCUAGUUCACCAAUUUUGCACACGUCAUUGGUGAUGACGUCGACCAAGUGUGUGGUACCCUGUCUCUUUCCCAAGAUCUCGAGAGCAGAUCUUGAGUCUGAGUAGACAACUACAUCGAGCCCCGCAUGUUCCGUCCCCUUCAAUGUGUCGUGAAUUCUCUCCAAGGCCCUGUGUAUAGCCAUGAGCUCCACAUCGAAAUUUGAUGCUGCAGUCCCACAGGGCCCCGAGAGCUCUUCUGUUGGUGGUCCUCCCGCUGGAUACAGUAUGAGCGCACUGUACCCAGCAGUACCCCUGCUGACUAUAUCACCUUGACUGGAGCAAACCCAAAAUAUUCAUUCACAUUUUUAUUAAAGACAAGUUUAAAAGAAUUUUAAAUUUAGCCAAUAUACAGGGAUUUGCUCACAAAAUAAUUGAGUUGUAACACAAAUAGAAAGUACCUUUCUUUCAUGUUUUAAUUUUUUUUUAUAUCACUUUUAAAACUUCAAGAAUAUACUUACUUUAGUGAUUUCCUUUAUAACACAAUAAUACUGAAUGAUACAAUUUUAAAUUCCCAUAUAGGUUUAGUCUUAUCCAAUGGUUACCAACACUGAAGCAUCUUGAUGGUAUAGAGAUCUCUAGAGAGGAAAUGAACCAAGCAGGACGAUUGGAAAGUUGUAUGGAUGAGGAAAGUGAUGAAGAAGACAAUGAAAACAGUGAAAAUGAUGAGCAGAACUAUGAAGACCCUACCAUUUCACAUCUCAGCAAAAAUGUUAAUGAGGCUAGGUCUUUAGAUAUUCAGCAGAACAUUGGAUAUAAGCAACUUCCAAAAAUUCAGAGUAAGUUGUUUUACACUAAAAUUUGAGAAUUAAUUUUGAAAAUAAUUCUAUCUUCCAUAAUUGGAUACUAAAUAGAACAUUAGCCUUACAAAAUAUGUGUGUAAAGAAAUGCAUAAAUAAUUACACUAAAGGUAAAGAAUAAUAAUAGAAGGGAUUUAUAUUCUAAAUUUGCAAAGCUGUUCUAUUCGUUGUCUCCUAAAGCCUUAAUUCUAGACUGACAUACAACAGGAAUUAUUUUGAAUGAAUAAAUUUGAAAAUUGUUCAUUUUUAUUUUCCCAGAAAACAUACAUGAUUUAGCUACAGACAUGCUAAUGCGAUCUCAAUCUCGACUGGAGGACAGGACAAGUGAAUAUAGAAAACAUAUUCAGGAGAUGACCAACAUUCGCAUCUUGAGCAAAAUUAAACCAGUUCCACAUCUUUCAAAGCCAUCUGACAGUCUUGAUUAGCUGCAUGUACAAAUAAACUAUACUCAGUGAAUCAUUGGUGCAUUUAAAGAUUUAUUUCUCAUGAUAUUUUAAUGCUAGUUAAAAAUAACUCUAAAAGGUUUUUUAUUCUAUAAAUUGAAACUGAAUUAAACCACUUAAUCCUUUCAGAAAUAAAAAUAACAAUGGCCAACUGUGCAUCAAACAGUCCAAUGAAAUAAAUAGUGGAUGUUUAAACAAUGGAAUUUAUUCAGUUAACUCUAUUGCUGUUGUUUUGUAAAGUUUUCAGAUGAUACCAGCAGUCAUUAAAUAAAAUAUUUUAAACUGCUGAGGUUAUAUAGUUUAACUUGCAUAAUUUUUUGAUACAGCUUGAUAAUGUAAAAUACAUUUAUGUUUUUUCUAAUCAAUUAUUUUUAGAUUCAGGUGAUUCAUAAUUGAAAACCAAGUCAAUGUUUAUAAGUAGCUCAUGCCUGCACCGGGAAAGGGGGGGGGGGGCGGAAACCAUGGCACUUGUCAGGGGCCUGAGCUAGAUAGGGUCAGCCCUUUUACGAGUUUUAAAAUAUACGCACAUGUUUGAAACAUGAAAGGGGCCCGAAAUCUGUCAGCUCCCUGAGGCCCAGAAUUUCCUAGGUGCAGGCCUGGGUACUUUGUGUAGUUUGAAUGAAGUUCCAAUGUGGAAAAUUAAGGCACACAAAUAAAUGAAAAAUAUUUAAAGGUAAAAUUAUUAAAAAUGAAAUAAAAAUUGAGCAAUAUGUUUUAGUGCUGGUCAUCACAACAUUUUUUGCAAUGCUACAAAAAAUAAAAUGUGACAUGAA